CACUCGUUUAGCCGGUAAUUUUCUCAAACACUAGCAAGCGCUCAGGCCAGAAGCAUCUGUCCCCGGGAGAACGACGCGGCGCUCGCGGUUUCUCUCGAAACUAUCUCGCUAUUGAACCGCGCGAAAUUCCGAGCCGGGGCGACUAUUUAGAGGGAUCAAAAUAAUUGAAGGAUUUUAAUUUAAUUUCUUACGUGCUCGUGUCUUUCUCUCUCUCUCUCUCUCCUCUCUCGGUUAAAACCGGUUCUUUUCGUCUGUAUAUACACGUCAAUAUUUCGAUUAUCGCGUGUGAAGGAUUAGUGUUUUCUACGUGCCCGUAUUUAAUUGGGAAAGUGCGCUCUCGGAAAGUGACUAUUUUGAAGGAUUUUGGUUUCGUUGUCUUCAUUGCCAUUGGGUGAUUGUCAUCGUGAAAACGUUCCAGGAGAAAAGCCUUUUAUUGUUGAUAAAGCCAAAAGUGACGAUUGCUGUGAAUGCCGAAGGUGGAUUGUGAAAGGUGAAAAAUACGCGAGUUCUUCGGAAUGGUUUUCUAAAGCUAACAAACAUUGACUAGUUUCAAGAGUGAUUGAUGAGAAAAAAUAUCGUCGCACAAGAAUCGCAGGAGUUUCAUCGAAGCUUUGGUGUGUUCGCGAUUUGGUAGCGCGUGUGCGUGCACGUGAGCAAACCCUCCGAGAUGUCAUCAGCGUCCAGUGACCGAGUGCGAAUGAGGACGGAUUCGAAGUAGUCGGUAUACUCAACGUUCAAGGGAAAUCCCGCGAGUGUCGGAAUAUAGAAAAUAUUGAAGAAUAUUUGGGGCAUCGUGAGGAACGGUGCGCGUGAGAGUUGCCGUCGGACGCAAUAGCGGAUGUGACAGGCUCUCUCGAUCGGCAGAGAGCACACAGAAGAGAAGAAAAGAGGGGAAAAAGGCGUUGCGGUAAGAUAUCGUUGAAACGUACGAUGAUGCCGCUCGCCCCGACGCCAAUAGUGCCGGUGCCAUCGAAGCCGAAGAUCGGCUUCAGCAUAGAUUCCAUAGUGGGUGGUGGCGGGGGUGGUGCAGGCGGAAGAGUCCGGGAUCAUCAGGAUCGGUUGGAGAGGCUUCACGAGCGCGUGGAGAUCGAGCGCGACGAUGGGAGUCCUAUGGACGUCGUGGAAGGUUCUUCUUCCCCUUCGAGGGUCGUGAGCCGAAGACUUCCGCUGAGUAGAUCACCCGGGGCCCAUUCGGAGGGCUCCGAUCGUCCCUUGUCCCGGAGUUCCUCCGUCGAGUCUUAUCCGACCUCGAGAAGAACGCCGAGCUCGUUGCACAACGGUCACCAUACUCAUAACAACAACAAUAACAGUAGUAGCAACAAUAACAACAGCUCGAGCGGCCUCCAUCGCCAUCAUCUUCAUCAUCAUCACUUACAAGCGUUGACGAGUCAUCUGGUCGACUUUGGUGGCCGUACCGCGAACACGACUCGCAGUCACAGCGGUGGUUCCACACCGAACAACAGCCCAUCGCCACCCCACAGGAUAUCAUCGUCGCACGGUGACACUUCCCCGGUUGGUGGACCAAACUCUCACCCCCAACCGCCACCCGGUGUCGUCCGACCCAGCCCCAAUUAUCUCGCACCACCUCACGGCGCUGCGACCGCAGCAGCCGCCGUCGCUGCCGAGCAAAUAAAAUCCCUGUACGGCCUUCAACCGUCACACGCUGGUCCCGUACCCGGACAACCCGGCCAAAACGAAUAUCACACUCAACAGUUCGCCCUUGCCGCGAAUAUCGCCGCGGCCCAACACUUCCAAGCCGCCAACCUCGCAGUCGCCCUGCAAGCCCAUCACGGCGGCUCUCCGCAUGGACCACCUCACGGCCCUUAUGGCCACGCUGGCACUCCCGGCGGACCCCAUCAACCUCCCCAUCCUCAUCAACCGCCUAGAGACAGUUACCCGCUUUAUCCGUGGCUACUCUCUAGGCAUGGGAGAAUCUUCCCACACAGAUUUCCUGGCGGUCCCGACAUUCCUGGAUUUUUGUUACAACCCUUCAGGAAACCGAAGAGAAUAAGAACGGCGUUCAGUCCGAGUCAGUUGUUGAAGUUGGAGCACGCCUUCGAGAAGAAUCAUUACGUUGUUGGCGCUGAGAGGAAACAAUUGGCACAGGCGUUGUCCCUCACGGAGACGCAGGUUAAGGUAUGGUUUCAAAAUCGUCGAACGAAACACAAGAGAAUGCAACAGGAGGAGGAGGCAAAAGCGCAACAGCAGUCGGGCGGCAAUGGCAACAGUAACGGUAACAACAACAAAAACACACAUCACGUUAGCAAAUGGCAACAAGAGACCGGUGAUUAUCAUCACGAGGAGGACGACGACGAGGAUGGAGGUGAGCACAUCGAUCCCGAGGCGGAAGAGUGCUCUAGCGGUUCCGAAGCGUAGCUGGUAGACGUCACGUGCCUCGAUUGAGGCGCGCUCGAGCUCAUCUUAAAUAUUCACCAGAUACGCUCGUACAUUUAGAAUAAACGCGCGAGCUCGUCAUAACGUUCUCUUUCUCUCUCUCGCUAUCUUCCUCUCUAUUAUUCAUCGUUCGUCGCGUUCAUCUUGCUAUAGAAGUUCCUCACGCCCGUGCGCGAUAUAAAUAACCCUGCGCGUUUCUCCAUCAAUUAUUUUUUUAUUUAUAUACGCGUCUAUAUAUGUAUUUAUGUAAAUGGCACACGCGAGAAAUUCCGAAGGAGGAAAGAGCUCACGUUUAUUCUUUCGUAAUGACAUCGGUUUCCCGAAAUUUUAUCAUCGCAUCAAAAGAUCGAAUGACAAACUAGUUUUGCCGUUUAGUCGGAACUCGAGUUUCACGAUUUUCUUGGUACUUUGGUAUCGUUGCUUUUAUACCGAUGAGACAAAGGGGUCCGAAUCUUUUUUGUCUAAUUCGUUUUUUUCGAAAAAUCCUCACGCUGCCAAGAAAGUCCGCAGUCUCGAACGUGACACGGAAAAAUGCUCUCAGCGAUCGGAAGCUCGUGGUAAUGGAGGCUUUGUCUGCGAGAUGAAGCGACGUGGGGAGCGAGCUCGUUCAAAUGGCCGUGGAUAAAGUUCCGCCGGAAGUGGCUUAGAGUCUUUUCGGCCCAGAGGGAGCCACGGCGCGAGACGGCAGGGAAAAAGAGAGCGAGUGAGAGGGGGGAGGGAGAAGGAGAGAAAAAUAAGGGGUGAAUUGUCUUCCGGAGGAACCGUGUUCUUUGGGGAUGAUGAAAGUACGACACGAGAUUCUCCAGAAGAGACUAAACUUUGAGACCGCUUAUAUCAAAGAUAAGAAACAAAAAACCCAGAAAGAAUUGAUGCUCAAAGGAGAAAAAAAACGACUUGACCCGCAAGAACGAUUCGCGAUCGAGCUGGAUAAAUAGGAAAAAUAAAUAAUUGCAGGGCAACCCCGUACGAGAAAACUUGAGCGCGGUGUUAUUUUCAUCUUGCCAUAAUUAAGAUUCGCCAUAAAAUCGUUAAGGGCGUGAGAUUAAUUAGAAAUACACGAGCCGAUUAAAAAAUUUCCCUGUGUAAAUAAUAAAGCCCCCGAGACGAUGAGAGACUGAAAUAAGAGAUUGAUGGCAAAGUUUUUCCUCUUUUCCCAAUUUCCGGGCCCACUCGCGUGCGCGCGCUUUAUUCAAAAUGGCGGGUCGCACACUCGAACGGCCGCGGACGCUGAGAAAUGUACAUAACAAUGCUGAUCGUCCGAACCGAGAUUUUGGACGAUUAUUGUAUUAUUCAAAUAUAGUGCGAGCGAAUGAAAAGCUGUCGGUUUCAAAUGGAGGAUUAAUAUGUCGCGUAUGCAUGUGCGUGUGUGAACGUUGAUUAAACGCUCGAAAAAAAGCGAACAACGAGUGCCAAACUUGAUACCUUAAAUAAAUUUAAUAAAAUACUUAUAAAACACAAACAAACCCAGUGUAAUAAACAAACAUAUUUACGAUGUAACGACGCGAAUUAAGUCGUUGUGUGUGUGUGUGGGUGUGUGUGUGUGUGUGCGUGUGUCUACGACGAGAGCAGUAUUCCUUCUAACGAUCGUUGUUCACGAUGUACAAUUUAAAUUAUUAUACUAUACAUGUAUAUUAAGAUUUAUAUAUAUAUAUAAUUAUAAUAAUUAACGAUUGGAGCAUAAAAAAUGCGGAAAAACGUGAAGAUGUAUCGAAAUAAAUCAACAAAUACGUGGCGCGGUGCGACGCCAUCUCUAAAUCGUCAUGAAAAUUCAAUAAUUAAUGAAUUCAUUAAUUUUGUGAUAUUAUUUAUGAUAGCAGAGGUCGCCUCGCACUGAUCUCCAUUAUUCAUAAUCAUCGAUCUACAUCAAUCGUUGUCUCUCAAAUUUGUAAAUAUAUAGAGAGGAGUGUAAAUAUGAAAAUGUGAUUUUAAAGUCUCGAUAGUACGAAACGUAGAAUUGUACCUUCGAGAAUAUCCCAAGAGAUAUUAUAAGUUCGUGUUUGAAAACGAUAUAGCGAAAUAAAUUAUAUCAAUCCCAACGAUAA